AUGACAAUAAUCACGUACGAAAUCGACCCUGGCGGUGAUAUUGAGCUCGUGUUGGAAUGCCCAAACAAACAGCAGAUUGUACCAAUCGUCACCUUUGAAGAGAAAGAAAACUUUCGUGUACCCAUGUUUGAUGGCGACAGCGAUGAUUUCUUUGACAACCCGGCCUUGAGUGGACGAUACGCCGUCUUCAACCCUGAGGAAGAAGAGGAAGAAGAAGAUGCCAUGGACGCCGAUGGUGGAGGAGAAGAUGAUACCAUGGAAGCUGAUACUCUAGAAACAAGCACUUCCAACUCUAUCAGUGAUGGGUUGACCGAGGUUCGGAUACGAGUUUCCUCCCGACACCUGAUUCUAGCCUCUCGCACGUUCCGCACCAUGUUGGAGGGGCCAUGGAAAGAGAAUCUCUCUCAGGCCCCCGGCUCUCAGUCUGUUCCCCUCCAGAUCAAGACUACUGACUGGGACGCUGCCGCCCUGGUAAUUGUACUGGAUGUCAUCCACGGGCGUUAUCAGGGUAUCCCAAAAACUAUCGACAUUGGACUGCUGACCCGCAUCGCUACUGUAGUCGACUACUACGAAUGUCACGAAUCCCUUCAGCUUAUCAGCGACAUAUGGAUGGCCAAUCUAUUACAUGAAGUGCCUGGUAGAUUUUGCAAGAUCAGCUUCUUAUGGCUGUACAUCUCCUGA